AUGUAUGUAGUGCCCAGUAUAGAGAAAUGGAUAAGUAAUAUAAAAAGAUUUAUGAAUUUGUGGCAGUUUUUGUCCAAGAAAAAUAACAAUAAAGACAAACAAAUAGAAAAAUACCAAAAAUUAACUAUCAAAUCAAAUGCCAAACAUCCAUGUCAACGUAGAAACGAAACGCAACAACCGUUGGCUACAGACGCAAACAAUAAACAACGCACGGUCUAUAAUUUGUCAAAAGAAACACUGGACGAACCUACAAUAAAACUAUUGUCGAAAGGCUUAAAUUUUGCUAUAACGCCGCAAAAAAUCCCGUACGAGGAAAUUAUCUGUAGUGUUGAGGAUUGUCUGUUUAAGAAUAAUAUCGGUAAAGAGGAUUUAGAGGCUAUACGUCAAGACAUUUCGUCCUUGUUACGUCGAAGUUCAGCGCCGAAACUAAAUCUUCCCAAAAACGAAUUUAAAGCGUUGUACAACUUACGCAACAGACCCAAGCUCACGAUUCUCCGCGCGGAUAAAGGAAAUGCUACGGUAAUAAUGGACACGUCAGAGUAUAAUUUCAAAAUACAACAACUUUUAUCGGACGUAAGUACAUACAAAAAGGUCAAAAUAGACCCUACAACUAAUACACUCAAAACAACUACUGAUUUAAUAAAGAAAUACUCCGAAAAAUUAGAUCUUGACGUGAAUUCGACAAUACCAUCAUGUGCCAAACCACCGAGGUUGUAUGGGUUACCGAAAAUAUAUAAACCAAACGCUCCACUACGUCCUAUAGAUUCAUACCAAUUUGUUAGUGAGAUUAAAGACCUACAUCUCGCUGACAAUGAAAGUAUGGUCAGUUUUGAUGUUCAGUCACUAUUCACAUGCCUACCUAUUGAAGACUGCAUCUCAAUUGUUACUAGAAAGCUAGAAGAUAACAACAUGCCUACAGAAUAUGCAGUAUUACUCAAACACUGCCUCACAUCUGGCUAUUUAUUGUGGAAAGAAGAGUUCUACAUGCAAGUAGACGGAGUGGCAAUGUGCUCACCUGUAUCUCCCGUAGUCGCCGACACAUUCAUGGAGGACUUUGAGGAGAAAGCCCUUCUUACUGCUCCUGUAAAUCCAAGAUUCUACAAGCGGUACGUAGACGAUACUUUCACAAUUUUACCAUCUGACAAAGUAACUGCAUUUUUAAACCACCUUAAUUCCAUAAACCCUAAAAUACAAUUCACAAUGGAGUUAGAGGCAAACAAUACUUUAGCUUUUCUAGAUGUUUUAGUCAUCCAAAAUCCUGAUAACACUAUUGGUCAUACUGUGUACAGAAAAAAUACCCAUACCAACCGAUAUUUAAAUGGUGAAUCUCACCAUCAUCCUUCACAGUUAGCUACCGUGGGAAAAUCUUUGUUUCAGAGAGCACGAGGGAUCUGUGACAGAAAACAUCUGGCCGCCGAGCUUCAGCACGUCGAGCAAGUACUGCAAGACAACAAGCUUCGGGUCCCGCACCUACGUCACAGUGACCGAGUGAAGCCAGCCACAGUCGAGCGUGUGCCUGCUGUACUACCUUAUGUCAGAGGAGUCACAGACAAGGUUGGCUACAUCUUGAAGCGAGCUUCCAUUAAAACAUACUUCAAGCCGCUGAAGAAGAUUGGUCAAUUUUUACCAUCCGUCAAGUGUCAUAUCCCUCUACAAGAUGCAGGAGUGUACAAGCUGGAUUGUGAAUGUGGUCUCUCGUACAUAGGACAAACAAAAAGAUCUAUUAAAACCCGCGUUAAAGAACAUAUAGCUGACGUGAAGCACCGACGUAUCGGGAAGUCUGCAGUUUAUGAACAUGUUCAGGAUCGUCCCCGUCAUUACAUUAGAUUUGAUAGACCACAAAUCCUCGCAAAAGAACACCGAUUCCUCCCAAGGAUGAUUCGCGAGGCUAUUGAAAUUAAAAAACAUCCUAAUUUCAAUAGAGAAGAUGGAUGGGUGCUGCCAUCUGCUUGGGAUCCCAUAAUUAAUAAAAUCAAAUCCAAACCCAAGUAUACCACUGCUAGACUUCAAGAUACUGUAAGCUCAUUCUGCAUAAAUCGAACCAAAAAUUAA